AGUAGCAUAACUUCACUUGAAGUUAAGUCGUCUGCUGCUAUGCACUGGAAGUCCUGAUCAUAUGAUCUCCAGACUGCAGUUCUCUAGCCAUUAAUACCAACGUGUAGUUCCUGGGUGAAUUUUCCAUGGAUAAAGGCUACGGUGGGCACAGAUUCUACACUAUGUACCAUGGAACUACACUCGCCGCAGCAAAGGCAAUCAUGCAAGAAGGUUUCAGGCGCUCUGUUGAUGGGAUGCUGGGGCCCGGUGUCUAUUUGAGCAGAAGUGUAGAUAAAGCUCAGCGUUACCCCCUGAAUCCUCCACCUGGGGAGAGACUGGCCAUCCUGAAACUGAGGGUACGAGUGGGGAAAGUGAAGAAGAUCGACAGGCAGGGUCAUCCUCUACAGAAAACAUGGCACGAGCACGGCUACAGCACGGCCUGGGCGCCUCCCAACUGUGGCAUAGUGUCGAGUGGCCUGGAGGAAGACUGUGUCUGGGACCCAAGUCGAAUAGAAGUGCUGGAUAUAUUAAAUCCUGGUCUAAGAUCCUUGGUGGACUUAGGAGGCCAUAGAUACUACAUCAUGUACCACGGUACAACGCUGGAAGCAGCAAAGCAGAUCAAGCUCCACGGUUUCCGGCGCUCUGCUGAUGGGUUGCUGGGGCCCGGUGUCUACGUGAGCAGAAGUGUAACUAAAGCUCGGCGGUACCCCCUGAAUCCUCCAUCUGGGGAGAGACUGGCCAUCCUGAAGCUGAAAGUGCGUGUGGGGAAAGUGAAAAAGAUCGACAGGCAGGGACAUCCUCUACAGAAAACAUGGCAUGACGAAGGAUACGACAUGGCCUGGGUGCCACCUAACUGCGGCAUGGUACCGAGUGGUCUGGAGGAAAACUGUGUCUGGGACCAGAGUCGAAUAGAAGUGCUGGAUAUGUGGGGAAAGCCCCCACCUUGUAAGAUUAUUUGACGUGGCUCAACCAUGAAAUAAGAAUCAAAUUGAAAGAAUGUUGAUCUCUGAUGUUUAUCUUAUGUUUUAAUGUUUAUGUCAUUUGACCAAAAUACUAUCUCAUUGCGUGAGGUUACGUUAAGGCUCUAAUCAACAGUUUAAAUAUAUUUUAACCUGAAUGUAAAAGAAGCAGUUGGAAUAAAUUCGAUCUGAAAGCA